GUUUUCGUGGUCGGUGCCUAUUUGGUGGUAGCUGGUCAGGCUGCGUGGCGAGCAGAUGGCGCUGAUGCGGACAGCGCAGCUCCUGCGGCAGCUGACGGCAGCCCUGAAGCGGAUGGUGCGACUGCAGCGGUGCAGCCUGGUGAUGGUGAUCAUCAGAUCAUAGGCCAGGAGCUGGUGCCUGCUUCUCAAGCUCUUGUUCAGAGGACUCCGGAUGCGGGGAAAAGGGGGCAGGAGAGACAGAAGAGUCAGUCAGCCACACCUCAAGACCCUGCUAGAAGUAGUCAGGUAGCACAAGAUAGUCAGAAGAAAGAAUCUAUGACGCAGGCUUCUCCUUCUGCAGAAGGUAAUGGAGGAGACAGCAAGGUCAUCAGGUCAGACCCAGGCACAGGUCAGAAUGCAGCUGUGGCCACACCACAGGGGACUCCGGUGUCGUUUGGUCCUCAAUCUUUUGUGACUCCAGAGGGACAAGUUCAAGGUAUGCUUCCUUUGUUUUCUCCUGAGCAGACGGCAAGAUUGCAAGAGAUUCACAGCUCCUCUCCAAUGCUGACAGUUCCACCGCAGUGGGCAACUCCUGAGCGUGGCCCUGGGGGAGCUGAUCAACUAGGAGUGCAGGGGAAUCAGGGUCUCAUGGCAAGUUUGUUUCAAGCGUAUACUCAGAAUCCCAAUGACUAUGUAGAUAUGCGUCAAAGGGAGCAAAUGUGGAAGUAUCAAAUUGAGUUCAACAUGCAACAGUUGGGACUUCAGUUGAGAGCUUCCCAGAGCGAGAAUCAAAGAUUGAGGGAGGAAUUGAAAGAGGCGCUGGAAAGGAAGGAGUACUCACGGUAUGGCGCACCUGAAGGUCAAUCGUCUAGCACCUUGAAGGAGGACGGAGCCAGAGCUCAGCAAGCUCCAGUCAGACAGGAGGAUGGAGCCAGAGCUCAGCAAGCUCCAGUCAGACAGGAGGAUGGAGCCAGGGCUCAGCAAGAUCCAGUCAGACAGGAGGAUGGAGCCAGGGCUCAGCAAGAUCCAGUCAGACAGGAGGAUGGAGCCAGGGCUCAGCAAGACCCACUCAAUAAAGAGGUGGGGCAGGAGCCCGGCAAGAACAGUCUCAAAGUGAUCAGUCUUCAGAAGAAGAACCAAGACAGCGAGGAGAUGAUCGCAUCCAAGGCGAUUACUGCGCUUGGCAUUUUGACCAAGGCGAUGUUGCAAUUCCAACCUGGUGGUCUGACGGAGCAGAGUGCCAUUCUCUCCGCACUUGAAUCGCCUACGGAAUCGACUUCGGUGGCAUCAGCAAUUUUGCAGUUGCGGAGAUGGAUCCGGUGGAAAAGGAGGGCAUUGGAAGUAGGAGUUUCUCUUCCGGACAGCUCCAUACUCAUGAAAGGGCUGGGGCGUUUGGUGAAGCGCAUUGUUACCAGCCACCCAGACCUCAACUUUCGUCUUUCAUUGGUCAAAAGCUCGCUCAUGGUCGACACGAUCCCGAUGUUGGAGACAGUGACGCAAUACAGUGAGCACCUUCUUGCUGAGCUCGAGCAAAUGGGGCAACAGGCAAAGAAGAAGGAAGCGGCAGCAGAGAGCCAGUUGAAAGUCCGAAAGUUUGAGGAGGCUUCCAAUGGGAAGACAGAUGAGAAGGUUAGACCCAAAGGGACGCCACAGGAGGAGUUUGAGGCAAAAAGAAAGCCUUGUCGUUUCUUUUUGACUGAUGCUGGCUGCCGGAGAGGUCGUGGCUGCUUUGGUCAUCAGCUGGAUGGCGACAAGAGGUGUUGGACAUGUGGCGCAAAAGAACAUAUGGCCACGGCAUGUCCUACUGCAGAAGAUCAAAAGCCCCGUGCAGCAAAGCUCGGGUCAAAGAACGUAGAGAAGGAUGCCAAAUCAGCAGUAUCGCCCCCUGAGAAGUCGGAGGAGCAAUCUGACGCUGCAGAGUCUGGGGGAGACGAUAGCGUGAAAAAAUUGUUGGAUGAAGCAAGUCGAAUGUUGAAGGCUAUGAGCGAAGGGGAUGCCAAAGAGAAGAGGCAGAGAAGGGAGGACCCAGACAACAAGAUCCAAGGUUUGCAGCGACAGUUGGAUGAGCUCAGAAAGGCAUCGUUGAGGCCAUUCAGAAUCUCCAAGCUUUGUCAAACCACGAACAAGGGUCUUCUUGAUUCGGGCGCCACUCAUCCACUUCGAGCCAAACGCAAAGGUGAAAGACUUCAGCACUUGCCCAAGGUCAAGGUCACUCUAGCUGGAGACAAGGAGAUUUUCAUGGCGCUCGCACCAACCGGUGUCAUUGUGGGCGACGAGGGCACAGGGCACAGAGUGAAAGUUGAAGAUGGAUGCCUGGUGGUGUCCCAGAAUGUGGCUCUGCAGUUGAUCGAGCAGAUUGAGGCAAAGGCCAAUGAGAAGGUUGUCAAGAGUCUCAGAACCGAUGAUGAUUCUGAGGUCAAAUGGCUGAAAAGGCUUGUGCAGGAGCAUCCUGCGCUACAAGGAGUUCCGGAAGAGAUCAAGAAUCACUUGGUGGAAGUGCCUGCAGCGAACCUGAUUCCUCUGGGCAACCGACGGAGGAGGAAGUUGUGGAGAUCGAAAGGAAUGCUGGUCCAUGUCUUUUCGGGGGAGGAUUCAGGGUACACUUUGGGAAGGGCAUUCCACGAAAUAGGUGGUGACCGUCGUCUUCUACAUGAGUUGCAUGUGCUGCAUCAGAAGAGCUCAAGUGACUUGUCAAUCCAAGGAGAUGCCUAUCCAUUGCUGCUGAGAGCUGCACUGGACGGCUGGGUGAAAGCCUGGAUUGGAGGUCUUGAAGUUCCCACAACCCUCAUCAUGGAGCAGCCUGCUCCUCCAGAAGACAGACCGGAGGUGGUGUCUUGGUGGAGAACGCCUCAAUGGAAAAGAAUGGAGGAGGUCUAUGGACUUCAUCAGCAAAGGAUCAAUCAAUCCGAGUUUGGAGCGAUCUCUAAGAAGCCAACUACGAUUGGUGGAAAUGUACCUCUACAAGUGCCACUUCCCCGACGAAAAGGUGUUCCAAGGGAUGUAGCUGGAAAGACCAAGGAGGAGAUUUUUGAGAGCUCAAGGACAGCCAAGUAUCUGCUGGUUGGGAGCUUCACAUGGCCAGCUCGGGUGCAAGAUCAGGAGCCUACUGAGGAAGAGAUUCCAGAAGUUGAGCCAGAAGCUCUUGAGGAUGAAGCUGAAGAACAACAAGAGGAGGAAGCAGAAGGUCAAGAGGAACCAUCUGAAGCUGCACAACCUUCUCUUGAGGUUGAGCUUGAAGAGAUUGAAGAAAGACAGAACGUCAAGAUCGAAGUCACCAAAUUGUGUGAGCCACUUCAGUCUCGCAGAAAAGAGGACGUUCUGAAGGCCAUCAUCAACAUGUACAUGCGUCUCAGGGCAGACGGGUACGUGGUGACCCAGUUGCAUAGUGACCUUGGAGCUGAAUUCAAAUCAAGCUCACUACAGAAGUGGUGUGAGUCACGUACCAUCCUCAGGACUUAUACAUCUGGGGAUCAGCCACAGAUGAAUGGCCGAUGUGAGGCAACCGUCCAACAUUUGAAGGCUGCCAUCAGAAGAACUCUACAUGGAGCAGGAGCUUCAUAUGAGCGUUGGCCAUUAGCAGCACGGUUCAUCAAUGAAAAGCUGAGGCAGAAGCAGGUCGGCAAGGAAACCAAAACGCCUCCCUUUCUGGCUCCAGUUUUGGUCCGAAAGCGCUACUGGCGCUCAAGGGAGCUAGAAAGAAGGAGAUUGAGGCACAAGGCAUCCAUCUACAAGGUUGAUGUGGAAGAUGGUCAGUCACAUGCUUUGCCGAUGGAGAUAGGUUUAGAAGAAGGCCAGAUGAUGUCGGAAGGAGAAGAGGAGGAUCGGCGGAGGAAAGAGCGACCGCAGAGGUUGGUGGAAGAAGAGAUGGUAGAAGCUAUGAGCGAUGACGUGAGUACAGCAGGCCUUGUGCUUGAUUCAAUCGUCAAGAUCAAGGAAGUUUUGGGGCCUGAGAAGGGCGAGGAGAUUUUGCAGACUCGAAUCGUUUCUCAGGCAGAAGUUCGGCGCAACAUUGAAGAUUGGAGAGCGCCCAUUGAAAAGGAGUUGGUGUCGCUAUUUGAGACCAAGGGUGCGCUCAAGAAGGUUACAGAGGCAGAGGUUAAAAGACUUUUGGAAGAGGACAAAGCAGAGCUGAUUCCCAGCAAGAUGGUCUUCACGGUGAAGCCUGAACAAGGCCAACGAGGAGCUGGGGAAGGACAACGUGAACCAAAGAGGGCCUUCAUUCGGCCACCUGCACUGCUUGUCACAGCCGGUUUGGCUAAACCAGAUGAAUUCUACGAAGCCGUGAUGGCUUUGUACGGGUACAAGGAAAGUCCCCGUCUUUGGUCAGAUUAUCGAGACAAUGAGCUGACCGACAUGAAGAUUGACUGCGCCAAUGGAGUUUUGACAUUGCAACAGAUGAUCACCGAGCCGAACAUGUGGAGGUUGAUGCUGAAAACCUCAGGCCCUGGAAGGGAUUCUUUGGCGGAGGAGUUCGUGGGGCUUCUGUUGGUCUAUGUGGAUGACCUUCUCAUUUUGCGAAGCUUGGAGGUCGUGCAGGCAGUCAUCACUGGGGUUCAAGCCAAGUGGGAACCUUCAAAACUGGAAAUGGUUGGUAUGUUAAAGGAAGUUCGUUUCUUAGGAGCUGAGCUGUGGAGGAGAGAAGAUGGAGCUUGGAUCAUGACACAGGCCAACUACAUCAAGGAUCUUCUCAAGCGCAACCUUGGAGAUGAUCCGCAGAAAUGGCAGACCAGAAAGAUUCCACUUCUUAAGGAACCAGAAAUCUUUGAUGACCCUGAGCAGAAAACACCGUUGAAUGUCAAGGAGGCGCAGAGAGUCGUAGGUGAGUUGGUUUGGAUCACUGCGAGGACAAGACCGGAUUUGGCAUUUGUGAUUUCCAAGUUGGCGUCCAUGAUCACCGAGGCGCCGAUCCAGGUGGUUCAGCUUGCGAAGACUGUGUGGCAGUAUCUUGCAGCUACAGUGCAUCAAGGAUUGAUCUUCAAGAAUGCGGAAGGGGAGAGACAGCUGAAUGUUUAUACAGUAACGAUGGUCAAGUACAAGGGCUCAUUCGUGGAUGUUCCUGCAUUUCCCUACAAAGCCAUUGAAAG